CGCAAAAUACUUUUAGCCGGCAAUUAUUUGAAUGUUAACGAAUUAAUUGAUCUAAUUUGAUAAGUUUUGACCUUUUUCACCCAAAAUUCACAAUUAUUAUUCCCACUAUAUGCUCAAUCCGAUCCCUGGCAAAUUAAUCAGUCUAAUUCCAUUGCUCUCCGGGGAAUUUGAAUUUGCCACAGCAAUGUCCACAAAGUUGAUCACAUAUUUUUCCUGCUUGCUGCUUGUCGGUUUGCUAAGUGCACACGUGCAAAGUGCCAAUAUUACAACGAGAGUUCCCUUUAGAUUUAGGAAUCGUAGAACAACCACUACUGAAGUUCCAACUACCACUUCAACGUCAACCCCUGAAUCAACAACAACAUCAACCACUGAACCAACGACUACAACAACAGAAGCUGCAAAAAUUAAUAAUAAGACUUGUGGAGAGAAAACAGGUGAAAUUUACCCAUGGAUAGCCAUUCUGGAGCAUUCUCAUCCGAAGAAUAAAAUGAAAAAGAGAACUUUGAGCAAAGGUGUGCUCAUUUCGGAUCAAUUUGUACUCACAACUGUAUCCAGCAUCCAUAAUUCCCAUCCCUUUUGGAUCGUUACUCGCGUCCGCUUGGGAGAAUUCGUGGACGGUCAAGGAAAUAAAAAUACAUCACAGCGAAUUUCGUUAAAAGUUGAUGAUAUUUUUUUGCACAGUAGUCGCGAUCUUGCACUGAUUAAAUUGGAAAAGCCCGCCAAUCUCACGAGAUUCAUUCGCCCAAUUUGUUUGCCAAAUUCUGAGAAUUACAACUUCCGUGAGAUGCACUUCCAUGUAUGCAGGAAAUCAAAUCAAAUUGGUCGUAACAGCUACUCUGAGCAAACUAUGCCAGCCAGCCCACUUACACCGCAGGAUUGUUCAACACUUUUCCAUCGCAAAACAGCGGAAUUUUCCGUAAAAGAAGAAUUCUGUGCAUGGGAUGAACGCGGAGAUACGUGCUAUGGGGAUUUGGGUGGACCCCUAAUGGGUCUCCAUGAUGGACGCUAUCAGGUCAUUGGACUUAGUUCCUAUGCACGUUAUCAAAAGCCAAUUAAUGAUGAUGUACUACCUGGAAUAUAUACGAGAGUUGGAGCACAUCUUGAUUGGAUUAAUGCAAUCAUUUCAAAUCCGUAAAGGAUUUAUAUAAAUUUCGUGUAAUGCUUUAAGCAGGAUUUUCUUAUAUUUUUUUUUAAUAAGAAAAAACGAAAAGAACCGGAAUGUUGAUCCUGUUUUUAUUCAUAUUUACAAUAAAAAAAAUCAAUUUGGCAUGACUUUGAAUGAACACAAGUUUGUGAAUAUCAGGCACAUUAAAUCUAUUCAUUUAUUCAGUCACGUUCAUUCAUAAAAGCCUCUCUUUUAUUAUACAACAAGGUACCUCUAAAAUAUCUGAAUAAUAAAGAAGAAAAUUUGAACGAUAUUAUAAA